UGUGCAGAUCGGACUCGGCAACCUCGCUAAGGCGGGUACUGCUCCCGCAGACCCAGCAUCUACGUGGUCGCCACCUGCGUCGGCUGGCAAGCAGUGGCUCGGCUACUACAAGUCUAACAGAUGUGGCCGCGGCUCGGAGGAGGAACGAGGGAAGCGCAGAUCUCACUUCUUCUCUUUGGAAUCGCUCUCGGCGCCGAUAUGUGGUACGACCAGCCGAGCAUUGCCUGGGUCAUCAUUGCAACAACGGUCUUCGGAUUUCUGUUCUAUUCCCUGACGGUGAUGGCAUGUUUGAUAUCUCCUGCUUGUCCAUUUCAGACACCAACAUCGACGAUGUUACGCAUGUUGCGCAUCGACAGGGUUCUACGGCUGGUGUUCAAACGAGCCUCCAGUUAUUCCCAGCAGCUCAUGAAGUCGCUGCACGGCGUGCUGAAACGAUUGCUUGGCAUUAUCAGGUCAGGAUGUACCCAACUGUCUGCAGUAUUUAGAGGCCCUGUACAUGCGAUUGGCGCAUUCGCAGAGCGAUCUCUUCAGCAGUUAAUCACUAGUCUUCAUCACUGGUUGCAUUUUGUCCUGCGCUUUUCCACCAAGGUCGUGGACUCGGAAGCACAAUUGCUUGAACCGAAUUUAGAUGUUUCGUCGGGCAAUGACCACAUUCUCGCCCUCCCUGACAUACCUACCAGCAAGCUGGAAGCACCUAGUGUCAAGUGGCUGCUCGAGACGUCUACGGAUCCUGAAGUAUUUCUUGCCGCUGCCAGCCUUGUUCCGCAAGUCGAAUGGCCCCUGGAUCUUGACGUUUCAGAUAUGCUGCAUCAGCUGUAUGAUAAUUAUACGAGCUGCGUCGGCUUCCAUGGGCAAAUUAUGCCGUCGUUGGAGGAAAAGGCCUCAGCUUGUAUAAUGGCUAUGAGUCAUUUAUAUUGUGGCCGCGUUCUUCAGGCAUAUCCUACCCAUGGCGAAUUUCUUGGUUUCAGGGAAAGAGAUUAUGACACGUUUGACCGGAUGGCUCUGAGGGACAUGGGUCGAGCCGACAGGAUGGUGCUUAACACGACUAAGAAUCUUUGUCUUUUGCAAGAUGAAGAUCGCAGAUUUCAGUGGUUUCUGUUGUAUGAUUGUCCCGACUCUGUGGCGGAGUGGAUGUCACAUUCUCUUCCUUAUCACUUUGUCACUGGGCGAGCGAAUGAAAGAGUGGAAAAAUUCGCCAUAGAGGUGAUAUCGAAACUGCUAUCAUCUACAUCCUCUCCAUCGAAUCAAAUCAUAGCCAAUUGCGCUCUUCUUGCUUGCGUCAUGGUCGGGGUUCAGUUUGACAAGAAGGACAUAGUUCGGGUUGAUAAAAGGUGCCAUCGACUCAUUUGGUGCUUCUGCUAUAGCUAACUAAGACACUGUGUAGUUCUGCCCUGCCUCGAUUUGCGAAUGCCCUUUUGGAGCAAUUCCAAACUACUCUCUGGGCAUGGUAUGGAGGUGAUCUCAGCAAUGACAACACAUGCGUCACACCGAGUUGGGCAUGUGACUUCAUCAAAGUCGUUUGUCUGGUGCUCGAGUCUACCAAAAAUUACUAUAAUCCUUUAUUGCACGACGUGCGGAACCUGGACGUGUGCAGGAAGAUUUCCUCACGAAUAAGGUCAUCCCAGGCCGGACAAAAUCCUC